CAUGUGGAAUUUGUUGUAGAUGUAGGGAAUUUAAAUGACUUUCUAAUUUAAAGCAUUUUUUCGAAUAUUCCACUUUACUAUUCGACAACUUAAUAAAGACGCAUUAUUAUUUUUCCUUUUUAGAAAUGUUUGCUUCUCUUCGAAGUUUAAGAAAAAUUCCUGUAAAGCAAGUCUUAUUUUUUAGAAAUAUGCAAGUGUCUCCCGUCCGCAAUUACUUGAUUGAUGAUUCCAAAUAUUCAUUUCUGAAAGACUUAGGUUUGGCAAAGAAGAAUCUCGGGGUUUACCACGGGUCAUGGACUGGUUCAGGAAAAGUUAUUACUUCAUUCUCGCCCAUAAACAAUCAGCCCAUAGCUGAUGUAGUAGAAGGUUCGUUAAGUGACUAUGAAAGUGUGGUCAAAGAAACACAAAAAGCUUGGGAAAUUUGGGCUGAUAUUCCAGCCCCACAGAGAGGAGAAAUUGUUCGACAAAUUGGAGAAGCUUUAAGAGCGAAAAAAUCGGCCUUGGGGAAGCUAGUGUCUUUGGAAAUGGGCAAAAUUUUACCUGAGAGUGAAGGAGAGGUACAAGAAUACAUUGAUAUUUGUGACUAUGCCGUUGGGUUAUCAAGGAUGAUUGAAGGAAAAGUUCUUCCUUCAGAAAGACCAGGACACGCUCUAUUUGAAAUGUGGAAUCCGUUGGGAUCAAUUGGCAUUAUUUCAGCCUUUAACUUUCCUGUUGCAGUAUAUGGUUGGAAUAAUGCAAUUGCUAUGGUGUGUGGGGAUACCAUGGUAUGGAAAGGUGCUUCAACAACAUGUCUUACUAGUAUAUCUGUAACGAAAAUUGUGUCAUCUGUUUUAGAGAAUAAUAAGCUACCGGGUGCAAUAUGUUCUAUGAUCUGUGGGGGUCCUGCUGUUGGAGCAGCUAUGGCAAAGGAUGCAAGACUAGCCUUAAUAAGCUUCACUGGAAGCAGCAAAGUAGGACGAGAAGUUGCUUUGGAAGUGCAAGGCCGAUUUGGUAAACAUAUCUUAGAACUUGGUGGGAACAAUGCAAUUAUUGUUACUGAGGAUGCAGAUUUAAAUAUGGUUAUUCAGUCUGCUGUUUUUGCUUGUGCUGGCACUGCUGGGCAGAGAUGCACUACCACAAGGAGAAUCAUUGCACAUGAAAAGGUAUAUGAUGAAGUUGUUGAUAGAUUGAAAAAAGCAUAUCCAAAAAUUAGAAUUGGUGAUCCUCUUGAACCUGGGACCUUGUAUGGGCCCAUGCAUUCCAAGCAAGGGGUCGAAUUGUAUUCAAAAACACUAGAAGAUGCUAAGAAACUUGGUGGAGUUGUUGAAAUGGGAGGAAAAAUACUUGACAGACCUGGACAUUUUGUAGAGCCAACUAUAAUUACUGGUCUUUCACAUGAUGCUGAAGUCGUGCUGAAAGAAUCCUUUGUACCAAUUGUGUACAUUUUAAAAUGCUCAAGUGUUGAUGAAGCUAUUGCAUGGAAUAAUGAAGUCAAAGAGGGACUCUCUAGCAGCAUAUUUACUCAAAACCUUGGAAACGUGUUCAAAUGGCUUGGACCGAAAGGCUCUGAUUGUGGUAUAGUGAAUGUGAACAUUCCAACAAAUGGGGCUGAAAUUGGAGGUGCAUUUGGAGGAGAAAAGCACACUGGAGGUGGCAGAGAAUCUGGUAGUGAUUCUUGGAAGCAGUAUAUGAGAAGAUCUACUUGCACUAUCAACUAUACCAAAGAGUUGCCUCUUGCUCAAGGCAUUAAGUUUGAAUAAAUAAAGUUUUGAUAAUCUUCAAAAGCUGUGGGGACCAUAUAGUAAUCUAUGUAUUUUCUUGCACACCUAUAUCUGUGAUGUUGAAAUGUGCCUUUGAAAGGUUUCACUUGUACUGUUAUGUAGAAGUCCAUGCCAAACUUCCAAAACUUAUACAUUCUCUAAAAUUUGUUAAAAUGCUAAUUAUUUUUGAAAUACUAUUUUUACAUACAUUGUUGUAUGCAUUUAGUUUUAUAUAAAGCAUAAAUGUGUAACUUUUAAUAAAACUUGUUAAUACUUGUGAA